AUGGACAAGCUUCACCAAAACGACAGUAAUAAAAUGGAUUUUCACGAUGGGAGAGACCCAAAAAUGCUCGGAAAGAAUAGUUUCGAAGAUAUGAAGAAGGAUGUUUCUGGAGGAAACGAUCAGUGUAACAAGGAAAAAUGUGAUAUGAGGAACAAAGGAUGCAGUGGAGAAGAGGACUUGAAGAAGAGAAGAGAAUCAGAUGUCAGGAAUAAGGAGAUGUGA